AGUAUGCGAAGCGCGUGCGUGCGCGCUGCCUGACGCCAGUGAGUUGUCCCGACUCGGCGGCCUGCGCACCGCGAGCCGACACUCCUUGACGCAGCCGCGAGGACUCUUGUACGAUUUAGUGCUUUCCAGUGCUCGCAUGCAGUUCUGUGCAAUGUUACAAGAUUAGUUCACGAGCUAGUGGAGAUUCUCAACUUCGCUAUGAAGGACGAACGGGUAGAGACAAUGGAUACAAAAAUGGAAGACAUCGCUAUAUUGUGGAGCUCUGCUUCCCCUGAGAGCAAAUUGUGGUCAGACUACUUAGUAGCAAGCUUCGAUAAAAUUAUGUCACAGAGAGCGAGACAUCACUACAGAGUGACACCAGUAACAGUAGAAGAGCUUAUGUCAUGCGAAUCUCAUGAAAAACUGGAAAAGCUGGCGAAGGCACAGUUACAAAUAGUUAUUCUAUGCCCCAGCCUCGCAUCGAAAAUUACUGACAUGAAGAAAGAAGGCUACAGUGAAGGCCUGUUCAAAGUCGACAAAGUCCUAGUCAUGCUACUCGGUGUGGAAAGGGAUCAUGUUGUAGCUAAUCAUUGUGAAGAAUACCCCACCAUAGACCAAUGGCAAAUGAUGACCGUGCGUGAAAAAGAUACGUCGUUUGUGGAUACGUUCCUCACUGCAGCGGUUGGGAUCCUGAGGACUAAAGAUUGUAAAGACACGGCUACUGACCGAACCAGCUUCUCUAUCGUACCCAAGAAAGUUAAAAUCGGCCAGAGUCGAGUGAUAGCGCUCCUCAACGACCCCAUUAGGGAAGAGGACAGCAUUAAGAUAAUGGUAGACAAAAAAGGCGAAGUCAUACAGAUACCCACAUUCAAGAAGAGGAACCCUUACACGUUACAAUUUGAUAUUCCAGAAUCGUGCUUAGAAGUGUCUAUGCUGGUGUGGGUUAGAGUCAGUAAGAAUGGUCAGUCGUUGGGAAGGCGACAGAUCAAAUGUGAAAGUCGCCUCAGAGAGCUAGACCAAUUACUUCGAGCCUCAGACCAUCCCUUGGAGUUUAUGUGUCAGACACUAGGCUUUAAAACUACAAGCAGAGAGCAGCUCGAUAGUUGGAUGUUGAACGCUUUUCAAAAGAAUAUCCCGCCGCAUUUCAACCUUCUGGCUUCCAAUGAGCAAUUCAAUCCCAAGGCAGACAUAUCGAGUGGCGAGGAGUAUCCAACUCUUUUGCACUGGGCCGCCAGGUUUGGCCUAGAGAGGGUUUGUUGGCAACUACUCGAGUGUCCGGGAGGUGGCGCCGCUGUAGCCCUCCGCAAUGUGAGGCAUCGUACUCCGGCCGAUUUAGCAAGGGAUCACAAGCAUUACAAACUUGCCGAUGUUCUUUCAGACCAUCUCAAAAUAAACGAAUUCUCUAACAUGUACUACUAUUUGAAAAAUAUGUCAGACAACGACAAAGAAGACGAGCAAAACGAAAAUAAACAGGAAGAUUUAUGUAUAGUUGAAUCAUGCGAUACCGUAGAUUCUCCUGCUUGUGAAGAAACCGUGGCUAAUACGACGGAGCAAUCGAGUGAUCCGUUCAGCGACGCUUGCACCCAGAAUCUAGAAGAAAACACUGAAGUUCCAAAACAAGAAAAGAAACGACCGACACUAAAGUUACCAAAAGUCAAGGAGCAAUUUUACCAAAACGAGUUACCAUUCGAUGACACGGCAGAGAGGAUCCAACAAGCCAUAGAACAUGACUACCUAGUCCAACCCUCUAACAUAAAAGUAGAAAGCCCUAAAUUCAAACCAAAUAACUUAUACGCAAAUAGUUCCCGUUUGAUGCCGCAGCAAUCGGAUAUAUUCCUUUAUUCCCCCACCGAGGAGUCAAAAACAUUUGUUAUCGAAACUCCUACUAGUGAUAUAAGCCAAAUCAAUUUGAAUGCCAAAGACAUCCGGAGCAAUGGUAGCGUAAAAUCUGGCAAAGAAACUUGCCCAUUGACCGGACAGGAAGAGUUAGCUGAAAUUAUUAACGACUUCAAGAACAACGUAUUCACAAUAUCUGAAGUAGAAAAAUUAGUGAUGGAAUGGAGAAACAGAAAUGAAACACAACAGUCGAUGAAAGAGAAACAGGAGCAAUUAAAUAAAAUGAGAGAGGAGUACGACAAAAUCCAACAGAAGAUCAAAGACAAUAUGAAAAGGCCGACCCCGUUUGAAAGAGUUAGGAAAAUAUUUACGAAGAAUAAAAAUAAACAUCAUGACAUAAGUAACGGCGCUAUAGAAAAACGGAAUGGUAACACUAGACCAAAUAGCAGCAUGAGCGACAGUUCAUCAUCGUCUGGCCGUUUGAGUACAGUUAGUGGGGGAAGCGUUGCAGAGACCAAUAGUGUACAGUCUGAACAUGACGACAAAGCGAGAUCAAUCGCAAGCAUAAUAUCAUCAAGCACCCUAACAAUGCACUCGUGUGACGACGGCCGACUGGAUGACUACCUGAUUCCGCCGCCGCCGCGCCCACUCAACGGAUGUCCGCAAUUUACUACCUUUGGACACCCUAAACACGAGGCCAGGAGCCACCACAUGGCGACGAUCGUGGAGCGAGAAACGUCUGCGUCGCGCGAACGUCUCGACUGCGACGCGGACGCACAGAGCACGCACUUGCGUAUGAACUUCCCACGCGACAAAAACAGAUGCGACGACCGCGACGGCGCACAUCACUACAUGAAUAUAUCUGCGACGCACACAUAACCCACAGUAUACCUUAUGACCAUUCCAUCUUAACAAAUUAUGGGUAUGUUCCGAUAUACACUGCGAGCACUGCGCAGUGGUCUUACUGCUAAAAAAUCCGUUCCGUUAUGGACUGCCAGUACACUGCUACAGUACCCUAGGGAAAUUUAUGACGUCAUAAAUUGCCGCCAUAUUUGUACUGUGAGCACUGGAGAUCUCGAGGUAUGGUGCUCGCAGUGCUUUUGAUCACGUGAUCAGUCGAAACAGAAUCAGAAAAUGAUAAGUUUCUAAAUAAACAAAAAAAAAUACUUACGUUUAUUUAUAAGAUGGAUUUAAUUGAUAAAUAAUUUUUUAUACAAUUUUCCAAUUUUCUUUUGAAAAGAGGGAAUCUUUAUAUUUAUUAUUCACUUUGCAUUAACAAAUUUGAAAAUGGCGCCAAAAAAUAGGAUUAACAGUAUACUGGACUGCGUUCCGUUUUAAAAAGUCACCAGUAUAACUAGCUAUAAAGGAACGGGCUUCCAGUAUACUAAAUUGACGUCAUACUGUUCAGUGGUCGCAGUGUAUAUCGGAACAUACCCUGGAAAGACUCGUCUCCAAGGACAUUUUUCGCGUACCCUGCAUUUAUAGACUAUACUGUUACAGCAAAAUGAACUUUAUUUGGCAGUCACAUUUUGAAUUUAAAAUUGUGUAACGCACGGCAUAUGCUAAAAAUCAUUCUAAAGAUUAUUACUAUCGCUUAUGAAACAAAAUUAAAAUUUUACAUGUACCAUAAAAGAAUGAAAAUGUGAAUAAAACGCAAUAAAAAUGUUUUAAUGUAAACAAGUUACAAAUUGCACCUUAUGAACAUACUCUAAAGCUUAUAUUACAAUGCUUUACUUAUGAGUGGAGUCGGUCUAAUAUGUUAUUCUUAUGUUAACGCCAACGACGAUUUGAAAGUCAGGAUGGAUUGACGGUAGUGAAACAAAAUGUGUUUUCCCAAAAAUACUGUCAAUUUUCCACAAUGGCAAGAUAUAAACGUAAUGCCAAGUUAAUAGUAGCAUUCAUAAAAUCUUUAUAGCACUGGAUUCUUUUGUCUUUAUGAUUGAUGUGUAGGUCGUAAUUUUUUUACAAGCUGUCAAACUGCAGAGAGCUUUGUAUGACAUUCGCGACAUUCGGCGAUAAUAUUUAAGACUGAAAAUAUUUUUUUAUGUAAAUAUUUUGUAAAUAGAAUCUAUUAUUUUUCAUUUUUAUUUAUUAACACGAUGAACUAUACGUAUUCAAUUUACAAUAGUACAAAAUGGAAUAUAAUAUCAUAUUAGCCCAAUAUCGAAACUUAGUGUAUAGAAAUAAUUGUAAUGUGAAAAAAACAACCAUUAUAUUUUAAAUAUUUUUUUAAUAACGUGUCCCAAAAAUGCAUUUAUAUAUGUACGUACAUAAUUUGACAAAAUAAACGAUAAAUCC